AUGAUCUUUUGCUCCAAUUAAUAAAUGGAAUGAAAUGAAUGGAAUGAGCUGAGUUGGUUGGAGAUGGCGCAGGCGGUAUCAUAUGCAGCAGCACUGAUUUUGGCAUGCUUUACCUCUUUUGUUUCGCCUGAUGCUCAAGGAGUUGCACUGUCUGCGUUGAAGGCGUCACUAAAUGCAUCGAGCAGUGAGCUUACAGAUUGGUAUGAGAGUGAAGUGAAUCCGUGCACUUGGUCCAAAAUCACAUGCGAUGCUACUAACAAUGUCAUCAUGGUGUCACUGCCAAAUAUGGGAUUUUCUGGCACUUUAUCUCCCUCAAUAGGAGUUUUGAAGAAGCUCAACGCAUUAUUAUUAAAAGGAAAUGGCAUAACGGGUAGUAUUCCUGAAGAAAUUGGAAAUUUGUCAAGCUUGACUACUUUGGACCUCCAGAACAACAAACUCUCUGGAGCGAUACCAACUUCCCUUGCCAAUCUCAAGAAACUCCAAUUCUUGUAUUUGAAUCAGAACAAUCUGACAGGCAAAAUCCCUGAAUCUCUUUCAAGCCUUCCUAGCUUAAUUAACUUGCAACUGGAUACAAAUGGCCUUACAGGUCAAAUACCUGCACAACUAUUUCAAGUCCCAAAAUUCAAUGAUAGUGAUUUGGCUAGAGAUGUUGAUGAUUGUAAAAGUACUACCGGAUUUGUCUUUCUUAUGGGUAAUACGGCUUUUACUUGGAGUUCAAAGAAGCAACCUAUCGUGACCCUUUCCACAUGUGAAGCCGAGUAUGUUGCCGCCAACUCUUGUGUUUGUCAUGCUAUAUGGCUCCGGAAUUUAUUCAAAGAAAUAGGUAUGACACAAAAGGAAGCUAUGAAGAUAUUUGUGGAUAAUAAGUCCACAAUAGCAUUGGGAAAGAAUCCGGUAUUUUAUGACAUGAGCAAGCACAUUGAUACCCGCUAUCACUACAUUCGGGAAUGCAUUGAAAGAAAAGAGGUUGAAGUAAGGUAUGUAAGGUCCCAUGAUCAAAUUGCCGACAUUUUCACGAAGCCGCUCAAGCACAAAGAUUUUCGAAUGUUGAGAACCAUGCUCGGAGUUACAAAACAAGUUUAAGGGGGGAUGUUGAAAAUUAAACUUGUUUUUAUAUUUUGGGCCUAUUUAAAAUUUAUUUUAGUUGUUGUAGGGAAGGCCCAAGUAGUAGAAAAGUGUAGACGGAAUGAAUUCUAGAACUUCUCUAGAAAGUGUGGUCUCUAG